AUGAAGUUCACCCUGGGCCUGGGGUCGCGGGCGUGGAGAGUGUCCUGGGAGCGGGCGGCAGCGGCGGCGGCAGGCCGUGGGGCGGGCGGCGCUCUCGGCGGCGGCGCACAGCGCGUCUCCAGCCCGCGGUCGGGCCGCCGCGGCUCUCGGCUCGCGCGCGCCCUCCCUCUAUGCCUCUCCCGCGGCGGCGGCGCCCGAGCUCUCCCGGACUGCGCCGGGCCCAGCCCCGGCCGCCCCAGCGCCAGGCAGCUGGCUGGCCCGCGCGCUAUGGAGCAGACGUACGGCGAGGUGAACCAGCUGGGCGGCGUGUUCGUCAACGGCCGCCCCCUGCCCAACGCCAUCCGCUUACGCAUUGUGGAGCUGGCGCAGCUGGGUAUCCGACCCUGUGACAUCAGUCGGCAGCUCCGCGUGUCCCACGGCUGCGUGAGCAAGAUCCUGGCGCGUUACAACGAGACCGGCUCCAUUCUGCCCGGGGCCAUCGGGGGCAGUAAACCCCGCGUCACCACCCCUAACGUGGUCAAGCACAUCCGGGACUACAAGCAGGGAGACCCUGGCAUCUUUGCUUGGGAGAUCCGCGACCGGCUGCUGGCCGACGGCGUCUGCGACAAGUACAAUGUGCCUUCUGUGAGCUCCAUCAGUCGCAUCCUGCGCAACAAGAUCGGCAGCCUGGCGCAGCCGGGACCUUAUGAGGCAAGUAAACAGCCGCCGUCGCAACCUGCGCUUCCCUACAACCACAUCUACCAGUACCCCUACCCCAGCCCCGUGUCACCCACGGGCGCCAAGAUGGGCAGCCACCCCGGGGUCCCAGGCACAGCGGGCCACGUCGGCAUCCCGCGUUCAUGGCCCUCGGCACACUCAGUCAGCAACAUCCUGGGCAUCCGGACGUUUAUGGAGCAAACAGGGGCUCUGGCCGGGAGCGAAGGCGCCGCCUACUCCCCCAAGAUGGAAGACUGGCCCGGCGUGAACCGCACGGCCUUCCCCGCCAGCCCCGCAGUGAACGGGCUGGAGAAACCUGCCUUGGAGGCGGACAUUAAAUACACUCAGUCGGCCUCCGGCCUCUCCGCGGUGGGCGGCUUCCUCUCCGCCUGCGCCUACCCCGCCUCCAACCAGCACGGCGUGUACAGUGCGCCUGGCGGCGGCUACCUCACCCCAGGCCCUCCGUGGCCACCGGCGCAGGGCCCUCCGCUGGCGCCCCCCGGGGCCGGCGUCGCAGUGCACGGCGGGGAGCUCGCGGCAGCCAUGGCCUUCAAACAUCCCAGCCGAGAAGCGGCCGAUCGGAAGCCUUCCAGCCCCGGCGGCAAGGCCCCGGACGCCCUCAGUAGCUUGCACGGACUGCCCAUCCCGGCCUCGACCUCCUAGGGGCAGCUGUGCCCGGAGCCGGAGCCCGGAGGAGACUGCGGACCGGCAGGCGGACCGGGGCGCACAGCUCGGCCCGCCGCCCUACCGAGCGGCGCGGGAGGGACCCGAGGACACGCGGAGGAGGAAGCUGGCGCCGGCCCGGUGGGAGGCCCGGGCAGUCCCUGGCCUCGUCCUGCCUCUGGCCUGGCCCGCCACACCUCCUUUACUGGCCGGUGUUCUUAGGCUUUUCUGAACUUUGGCUUUAGGCUGUUGCACCCU